AUGGCGAGGUUCGCAGGUUUCACUGACGAGAAAGGAAAUUUCGAGGGUCAGUAUUUUGCAUUCAUGUCUGACGCUACUUCCAUUGUGGUUGGGUCUUUGUUAGGAACUUCGCCGGUGACGGCGUUUAUUGAGUCUUCCACUGGGAUUCGUGAGGGUGGGAGAACGGGGAUAACGGCGUUGACGGUGGCAGGUUAUUUUUUCAUGGCGUUGUUUUUCACGCCGUUGUUGGCUUCGAUUCCGGCUUGGGCGGUAGGGCCACCGUUGAUUUUAGUGGGGGUUUUGAUGAUGAGAUCAGUGGUGGAGAUUGAUUGGGAAGAUAUGAAACAAGCUAUACCUGCGUUUGUGACAAUGAUACUUAUGCCUUUGACGUAUUCAAUUGCGUAUGGGCUUAUUGGUGGGAUUGGUACUUACAUUGUGUUGAAUAUUUGGGAUUGGGGAAUUGAGAUCUUGCAGCACUUUGGGUACAUUACAAAAACAACAAAGGAAACUACUAACACUCAUCAUAAUAAUUCUCAUUCUUCACAGGUCAAUGGGGUACUUGAAAAUCAACAUUCUUCGCAAAAUCCAAAUGGUAAACCAAUAAAACUAGAAGUACUUUAG